AUGCAGGUCAACAAGGACGCAUUCGACAAGUUUGUAUUGACUAAUGGAGAGAGUUAUCCCUACUGUGAUGUUAGAAUCACAAGGCAGAAGUUCCACUGCAAGUGGUUGAUGCUUGCUUCUGGCGCAAUCCUGAAUCCUGUGCUGUCAUCCAGCUUUGACGCAGAGACAUGCAUGCACUUGAUUUUGACCAAGACGGCAUUUCCUUUGAGCAAUGACGCUUCUCAUGUCAUGGACGUCUUGGACAAGUGGGGAAAGAAGUACAAUCCCAUUUGGUUCGAGGAUGUUUGUUGCUUGUUUAACAAGUGGCAUCGCCAGGGGAAACCUUUGUGUCGCGAGUACACGUUCUAUCACGUGCUUCGAAUCCGUAUCGAAAAGAGACUCCAAGCAGCUGUUCCCGUGGAAGCCAUUGCGGUAAAAGACUCCAUCUUCGUUUCGUGGCAUCAGCACUUUGUUGUUGAUUACGUAAUCCACCAGGACGACUUUUGGCGAAUCGCCUGUAACAGCUUCCAUUUCGUCCAAGACAGGAUUGACCAGUACCAUGCGAGUCCGGCUGAGGUCAUGUCUUCCCCCUAG